AUGCCUCACGCAACACCGAAAGCCCCGGAGGGCGAGGAGGAUACUGAUUUCGACGAUGUGAUGCGACAACUGAACAACUACGAAGAUACAGGCCCCUCUCUGGAUUUCUUGUCGCGUGAGUUGGAAGUUGGUGAAAAAGCCGACGAUGCAAUCGACUACGAGGACUUCGACGACGAUGAACUUCCGGAAGAAGAGGUCAUUACACGCCCAGCCCCAGCCCUGCCUGCAGUGAAUGAUAAUCAAGAUUCUUUCGCGAACUUGGGCUCAGACGACGCCGCUCUUUUCGGAAAUGGAGAUGAUCUCUUCGGUGACCCAGGAGAGGGGGCUCAGGCCCAGGAUGACAACCUCGAUGAUCUGUUUGGCGAAGGUUCUUUUUCGCCGCCACCUGCUGGACAGGAUGAUUCUACUCGUGGCCUUUUCGAAGACGAAGAAAUGCCUUUAACAGGUGCACCCGUUGACCUACCGUCCAUCCCGUCAGCCCCGGCGCCGCAGCCAGAGCCACCCAUUAUGGGCGAAGAUGAAUUCCCGGAUGAUGACAGUAUUCUGUCGGAAGACAUGAAUCCUGUCGAACUCCGCGCAUGGAAACUUCAGCAGCAGUUGUUCGCCAUGUCAGGUGUUGAAAACCCACCUGCACCGCCUGAGAACCACGAAGAGCUUUUGCAGUCCCUAUUUCCCUCGUUCGACCGCAACACUCUUCCGCGUUGGCUCGAGUUGAUCCCUCACAAGAAGGCCAUCUUCAUUGGAAAACAGCCGGCCAAGCCACCUAAGCCUGUCUUGCCUACGAAAGUGAACAUUGAGCUGGCGGCUGAUCAUGAACGUGCAUUCAGAACCGGUCAACCCCUCAAGCGUGGCCUUGACCAUGAAACUCAUGGCUUGGUAAUGAUUACACAAUCGGACCGCAGAGAGGACGGAGAAGAGGCGGAGGAAGAUACGAAGGAAGACAUUGACAUGGAUGAUGUGGACGGGGAUGAAGUGCUGCCCGGUGGCUUCACCAUGCAGGACCUUCGAACGAUUUGUGCGGACUGGGACAUUAAGGAUGAUGUCUCUAGCAUUGACCCGGAAGAGAAGCCGUUGGCACAAAGAGAAGAUCAUAUCUUGGAUGAGGACGAAGAUUGGCUCAUGGAAACCGAGGUUCCGAGCAAGAAACGAAAGACCGGCCCGACUCCCAUGGAUGUCAUUGCUCUGUCACAUAUCGAUAUCCCACUAUUGGAUGAUCCGGAACAAGCGACAAUGAAAAUCGCAAAGAAAGUCACAAUUGAUCUCAAUGAUCCAAACAUUCUUGUCGACGAAUUAAGAGCGGAUGCCGUGGCAAACAAGCCGAAACAUACCGCUCCUCGCACCAGGGAUGAAGUGGACCUGAAUCUCACGCGCCGCCUCACUCAGCGAUACAACAUCUCAAAUGACCAAGCAUACGACAUGCUCAAACAGAAUCAUCAGAACAAGAUCCGCAGUACUCUUGGCAACGUGACACUUGAGCAUGGCCUGCCAGCUCUGCGUUUGCAGUGGCCCUACUACAAGACUGAGUUGGCCAAGGCUGAAGCUAGAUCUUUCCACCGACCUGCUAUGGCUUUCCGGCCUGGGCAAACGGCUUACUUCAAGAACCCCGUUCAGUUAAAACGCAAGCAUUUGCGUGGUAAAGAUGCGAAAACUGUCUAUGAUUCGACACAGUCAUUGUCCAUGGGUGACAACUCCAACGUCUUGCUGGUGGAGUACUCUGAAGAGAUGCCUAUGACACUAGCCAACUUUGGAAUGUGCAACCGUUUCAUCAAUUAUUACCGGCGAAAGAAUAUUGACGAUCCCACCCGCCCAAGGGCAGAUAUUGGCGAAACUGUUGUUCUAUUACCCCAGGACAAGAGCCCCUACUCAAUCUUUGGCCAUGUUGACCCCGGCGAAAUUUCCCCGGCAAUCUCGAACUCCAUGUACCGAGCACCCUUAUUCCCACACCAAACCAAAUCUACGGACUUCCUCGUAGUCCGCAACACAACUGGACAAAAUGGCAGUACCUAUUACCUGCGCAACAUCGAAAAUUUCUACGUUGCCGGACAGCAAUUCCCAUCGGUUGACAUCCCUGGGCCACAUUCGCGCAAAGUGACAACUGUUGCGAAGAAUCGCAUGAAGAUGUUGGUGUAUCGUCUAUUGAAAAAGAGCCCGGAUGAGCGACUUGCGAUCAGCGAUGUUACAGCUCACAUACCAAACACUACGGAUAUGCAGAACCGACAGAAGGUCAAGGACUUCCUUCAACACGACAAAGACACCAAAUAUUGGAAGCCACUGGAUCCAGUUCUCCCUGACCAAGACACAAUCCGCUCGUGGGUUCAGCCCGAAGAUGUUUGUCUUCUGGAAUCCAUGCAGAUUGGACAACAGCACCUCCACGACACUGGUUAUGGCAACGAUGCCGAGACUGGCGGCGACAACGAAGAAGAUGAAGAACUCGAGAGUUUCGAGCAGCAGAUGGCUCCCUGGAAGGCAACUCGCAACUUUUUGUUGGCCUCUCAAGGCAAGGCUAUGCUGAAACUCCAUGGUGAAGGAGACCCCACCGGCCGAGGUGAGGGCUAUAACUUCAUCAAAACAAGCAUGAAGGGUGGGUUCAAGGCCAUCGGUGAAAGUGUUGAGGAUAAGCUGGAUGCGCAGCGACUCAAGGAGCUUGGAGGUCACAGCUACAAUGUUGCCCGCCAGCAAAAAUCAUACGAAACAUCCAUUCGUCGGAUUUGGGAUGCUCAGAAAAGCAGCUUGUCUUCCACCAUUGAGCAUUCCGACCAGGAAAGCGACGUCGACCAAGAAGACGACUACCAGGAUCAAUUCAACAAACCAACACCCCGGUCUGAAGCACAGACACCUGGGCCAUAUCGCCGUGACGAUGAGACAACAAGUCAGUUCAGCAAAAUGAGUUUCAACAGCCAGCGCGGCAAAGUGUUGCGUAUCACCCGCCAGUUGAAACAGGCGAACGGCGAAAUCGUGCACCAGGAACAACAUGUUUUCGAUCCCCGAGUGAUCAGGCACUACAUCCAACACCGUCACCGCAACGAAGCCAUGCACACAAAGCUGGAACAUAUCACCCCUACGGGCGAUACAGACCUCGACACCCGCAACAUGAAGUUGAUCGAGGCCGAGCUCAGCCGUCUCCACCGCAACAAGGAGCGUCGUUUCGCCCGCGAGAAGCAAAAGGGCAUCCUCGUUCCGGCGAUCCGGACGGCAAGCCUGCUGGUCGGACACAUCAAGACAAACAAGAAGCUCUGUCCACUGCUCAAUGGUACUAUGAAGCCCGAGGAUCGUGUCACGGAUUCGGCUUUCUCCAUGAGUGCACCGGUUCUGUGA